AAUGGAAAUGUUUGAGGAAACAUUAAUUUAUGAGGUUCGUAAAAACAAAUGUAUUUAUGACCGGCGAUCUUUAGAAUACAGAAACAAAAUUAAGAGAAAAAAAGCGUGGGAUGACAUUGCCGACAGAACAGGAUUUCCUGUCGAACAGUGCCAAGGUAGAUGGAAAACUUUAAGAGACCGUUUUGUUAAAGAAGUAACUAGACCUAAUAGUAAUAAUUCUACGUGGAAAUUUUUCGUAUCUAUGCAAUUUUUGACGGACUUUGUCACGCCAAGAAGAUCAAAUGAAAACCACAGGGACGCUGGCGAUAAAAGAAAUAGAGACGAGUUUUUCAAAGACGAACUGACAUUUGAAGAAUCAAAUAUAUUUGAAGAUCAAUGUACUACGCAGUCCCUACCAUCUGUCGACCACUCUCCUCUACUUUUACCUGAAGACGACGAGCCAACGACUUCUAAACCGCAAAAGCGAGCCAGGGAUGAACCUUGGGAUCAAUUUAAUUCCUUAUUGGGAACUUUAACGGCAUUAGUUGAAAAAAAAUUCAAACGUGACGUCGAGGACGAUGGAUUUCACAAAUUCUUAGCAUCAAUAUUGAAAGGCGUCGAAGAGAACAAGAGAGAUAAAAUUAAAAUAGACAUUAUUGUAUUUGCUUCAAAAAAAGUUCAGGAGGUUCUUGAACAGGACACUAUACAAACUUCAUAUUGAAAUUAAAUUUGGCGGUUCGACGUUG